GGCGACGGGGGAAGCGCAGAACAGUGAUGGCUGAACAGGGGGAAGACAACCGGCUGGAGCUGCAGGGAAUCAUCGGGUUUAACGGACAUGUUCCGUCCGGCCUGAUCAGUCACCCCGACAGGGAGCAUCUCAUUUACCCCCUGGGCUGCACCGUCAUCAUCGAAAACCUGAGCAGCCGCAAGCAGCAGUUCCUGCAGGGUCACACCAACAAUGUGUCGUGCGUGGCGGCGUCCCGGAGCGGCCGGUACCUGGCGUCUGGGCAGGUCACCUACAUGGGAUUUAAGGCAGACAUUCUCCUCUGGGAUUACGGGAGACGCGAGGCCUGCGCCAAACUGACGCUGCACAAGGUCAAGGUGGAGGCUUUGGCCUUUUCUCCCAAUGACCUCUACCUGGUGUCCCUCGGAGGCCAAGACGAUGGAAGCGUGGUGGUGUGGAACGUGGCAAAGCGAGAAGCCAUCUGCGGCAGCCCAGCAUCGUCCCUCAGCUCCGGGCACGCCACCACCAUCAUCUUCGCCAACAAUAGCGAUGACGUCUUCAUGACCGGAGGGAACGGGACACUUCGGGUCUGGGAUGUGGAUCUGCCCAACAGGAAGAUGCGCCCUACGGAGUGCCAGCUGGGCCAGAUGAAGAGAGUGGUGACGUGCCUGCAGGUGGCAGAGGACGACAGCUGCUUCUACUGCGGCACCUCCUCGGGGGACAUCCUCACAAUCAACACCAAGAGCAAGUUACUGAGCAGCUUUGCCCCGCAGAAGGGCAAGUUCAGCCUGGGGGUGACGGCUCUGCGGCUGCUAAAGACGGGCGAGUUGCUCGUUGGUUCUGGCGACGGGAAGCUGGCACUCUGCAAAGGUCCGAACUACAAAGCGGCCAAGACUGUCCAGCUUCAGGGCUCCGUCACUUCCAUCUCCCUCCGAGGCCAAGGGCACCAGUUCUUCGUGGGCACAGGAGGGGCACAGAUAUACAGAUUCAGUUACCCAGAAUUCAAAGAGGAGCUCAUCGCCACGUGUCACAGUGAGGCCAUCAACGACAUCGCCUUUCCCUUUGGCACCUCAGAGCUCUUCGCCACCUGUUCCAAGAACGACAUUCGAGUGUGGCACACCGCCACCCACAAGGAGCUGCUCCGGAUCACCGUGCCCAACAUGACCUGCCUGGCCAUCGACUUCAUGCGAGACGGGAAGAGCAUCAUCUCAGCUUGGAACGACGGCAGGAUUCGGGCGUUUAUGCCGGAAAGUGGGCGGCUGAUGUACUGUAUAGAGAAUGCCCACAGCAUGGGAGUGACGGCCAUUGCUGCCACCAGCGACUGCAAGCGGAUAGUGAGCGGAGGAGGAGAGGGACAGGUUCGGAUCUGGGAGAUCAGCAAAGAGACCCAGCGGCUGGUCCAGUCCAUGAAGGAACACAAGUCUUCUGUUACCUGCAUCAAGUUAAAGGGGAAUAACCGGGAGUGUCUGACUGCCAGCUCUGAUGGUACCUGCAUCAUAUGGGACAUUGUCCGCUUUACACGACUCCAGAUGGUCCUGUCCAACACGCUGUUCCGCUGCGUCUGUUAUCACCCCGAGGAGUUCCAGUUUGUCACCAGCGGCACCGACAGGAAGGUCGGAUACUGGGAGGUGUUUGACGGAUCGGCCAUCAGGGAACUGGAAGGGUCCAAGUCCGGGGCCAUUAAUGGCAUGGAUAUAUGUGAUCAAGGCGCUCACUUUGUCACAGGUGGCGACGACAAGCUGGUGAAAGUUUGGGAUUACAACGAGGGCGAAGUGACCCACGUGGGCAUCGGGCACAGCGGGAACAUCACCCGGUUGAAGAUCUGCCCCCUUUCCAAGUAUAUCAUUAGCGUCAGCACCGACGGGGCAAUACUGUGCUGGGACUACCCCUAUGGGCUCAGAUAGCUCUUGCCCUGGAUAAUGCCCAAUGGGCAGGGGGCGGCUGGGGAUACAAAUCUACUUCUCUUUAAGACUGACUUGGGCAUCUCAGAUUCUGUGGGUCCAACUGAGCACCGGAACAUGGACUGAACCCCCGGCGCUGCCGGGCUCGAGCAGAGGCUACUGCAUGGCUAAUAACGCACGGACUGCCCGAGCUUCUCAUACUCGCCCCAUGCUCUUGUGUUGAUGUCAUUUUAUUUUGGGAAAAAAAGCUGAAAUUCAAUAAA